AUGGACCAGCAGAGACGAAACAGGAGGGAGGUGAGUGCGGCCGAGGCUGCAAACGGACAGUACAACAAUGUGAAUGCCCACGAGAGAGGCCACGACGACUACCGCAAGCAGCCCCAGACCAUACGCACCGUCACCCCCGACGACACGCCCAUGCAGCCCUCGACUUCGACGGCCACGACGACGAUACCCGAAGAUGGCUACCCCAGCCAGACGUUCCAGUCCCCGCCCAACAGCCCCCGCUCCCACAACAGCCAGCUCUCCCAGCGCACCGGCAACCCGCGAGCCUAUGUCGCCCGCGCAUCGAGCGACUCCGAGUACCGCAAUGCGCGCGAGCAGACACGGCCCCGGACUCGCACGCUGGAAGAACGAAGCACCCGGGAGCGCUCGCCCUCGAGCGUCUUCGGCGCAGGCCGACAUCGUAUAGGCUCCGUGGCCAGCUCCCAGAGCAACUACCAGAGCCUCGAGGAGUCGGUCGUCACUUCCAUCGGCCACAUCUCCACCAUAUCCCCACCACAGCAGCCGCCCCCACCCCGAACCUCGAGCACCAACAGCCGCAGCCGCCUCACCAAGCAGCAACAGCAAGAACAACAACAACAACUACUACUACUACAACAACAACAACGAUAUCAACAAGCCCACCGCUCCACAUCGCCCGUCUUGUCACCCUCCAAUGUGCCGCCCGAGUCGUGGGUGUCGCCUGUACCGGCCUCAGACGCCAAGAAGCUCAAGGCCCUCAUGCGCUCUACCUGUGGCAAGAUGCAGGGUCUUUUGGCCUUCCGGAGGGGUGAGCCGAACCCCUGGGGUCUAUCAUACUGUUAUAUCAAUGACGAGGCUGGCAGCCUGGUCUACGAGCCCAAGAAUGACACGUCCUAUACCCGUACCCUGAUACCCGACUUGCGAGGCUGCCAUGUCAAGAGCGCAUACGACGGCGAGGCCUACACAGCAUACAUUCAUGUCGUUGUCCAUAACUCGAAACUGGAAGUCCAUCUGCGGCCGCCGACACAAGAAGAGUUCGACUCGUGGUUCGCCGCCUUACUAUGCUGGUCGCCCAUGCGUCCAAAGGGCAUCCAGAACAGAAUGGCGAAACCCCAGGCUCCCGUUAUGAUUGAGCGUCGCCUUCCAGACAGCAGACGCCACUCCGAAGUAUCGUUACUCAAGGAUUCGCCCAAAAAGGAAGCGCCUAUCAUCAAGGUCGGCAAGAUGAUAUAUUGGGACACCAGUGUGACAUACAGCAACACAGGCACCCCCAAGGGCGCCGGUACUGGAGGACGACCGCAAGCCUAUAGAGUCCAGAGCCAUGGGUCCCGUCGUUGGCGAAGAGUGUCCUGCACGCUUCGUGAAAACGGAGAGCUCAAGCUCUACUCCGACACUGAUGUCACCCUUGUCUCUACUGUCCAGCUUUCCCAGCUUUCCCGAUGUGCCGUUCAACGAUUGGAUCCCUCCGUUUUAGAAAACGAGUUUUGCAUCGCCAUAUAUCCCCAGUAUACCGCUUCUUCUUCCUCUGCAUUAACAAUCCUACGACCUAUAUUCCUAUCGCUAGAGUCAAGAGUCCUAUACGAAGUUUGGAUAGUCCUCCUGCGCGCUUUUACCGUUCCCCAGCUAUACGGCCCAAAGUCGUCGGACGCCAUGACCGAUGAGGGCACUUUAUCGCCGUCUUUUGGCACCCAAGACAUGUUCCGCAUGGAGAAGUCAUUGUUCGUAAGAGUCAUUGAAGCAAAACUGAUUCCGCCUGUAAGCCCCAAGGUCGCUGAUAGCAACGGGCAAACCCCGAUAAGACCGUCCUCGUCUGCCACGACCAAUCCAGGUGGAUAUCUCGUCGAAGUACUGCUAGAUGGAGAGACGCGUUCGCGGACCAUGGUCAAGAACGAGGGCAACAACCCAUUCUGGAGAGAAGAGUUUGAGUUUCUGGAUUUGCCCGCUUUGCACACCGCCUCAUUGCUACUGAAAAAGCGACCACCAAGCUACAAUCGCACCGAGAAGAGCGGUUUCGAGGCUACCAACUCCGACCCAUACGUCUCUGAGGGUGGGUACGCCGGUAUCUCUUUCGACCAGACCGUAGGAAAAACUGACAUUUAUCUGGACGAUCUCGGCCCGAACCAGGAGAUGGAGAAGUGGUGGCCGCUUGUCAACAUGUAUGGAAAUAGUGUUGGGGAGGUGCUAGUCAAAGUUAGCAGCGAGGAAUGUGCCAUCCUUAUGGCUCGCGAUUAUUACCCUCUUUCCGAGCUCCUUCACAGGUUCUCUAAUGGAAUAACACUUCAGGUCGCCCAGAUGAUACCGAACGAGCUCAGAAGAUUGUCGGAAUAUCUACUGAACAUCUUCCAGGUGUCCGGUGCAGCUGGCGAGUGGAUAUGCGCGCUUGUUGAGGAAGAGAUUGACGGCACAUUGAAAGAGUCACCUGCUAGCCGGCUACGGUUCAGUAAGAGAUUGGGCUCGAGUGAAUCGAACGAAUCUUCUUUGCCCGGCUUUGGUUCGGCAAGCGAUCGCGAGCUCUUUGUUCGAGAUAUGGGCAACAAUGCUAAACUGGAGGCCAAUCUACUUUUCCGCGGUAACACUUUGCUUACCAAGUCUUUGGACCUGCACAUGAAGCGACUCGGCAAAGAGUACUUGGAGGAGACGUUGAGCGAGAAGCUACGAGAGAUCAACACCAAGGAUCCUGAUUGUGAGGUUGAUCCGAACAAGGUCGCCUCGCAACACGAACUGGACCGAAACUGGAGAAGGUUGAUCAACUGUACUGAAGAAGUAUGGCGAGCCAUCUACAACUCCGUGUCCCGAUGCCCGCAGGAGCUGAGGUUGAUCUUUAGGCACAUCAGGGCAUGUGCUGACGAUCGCUACGGAGACUACCUGCGAACGGUGCAGUACAGCAGUGUCUCUGGCUUCCUGUUCUUGCGCUUCUUUGUUCCGGCGGUGCUGAAUCCGAAACUCUUCGGCCUACUGAAAGAUCACCCCAAGGUCAAAGCUCGAAGAACGUUCACUCUUAUUGCAAAAUCUCUACAAGGUCUGGCAAACAUGUCUUCAUUCGGCACCAAAGAAGCAUGGAUGGAGCCCAUGAACGCCUUCCUCACUACACAUCGGCAAGAGUUCAAGAAGUAUCUUGAUGAUAUUUGCUCGAUAUCGACCACGUCGCAACCCGCACCGCCGAUACCACCCUCGUACAGUACCCCAAUCGCUAUUCUCCACCGUCUACCUCCAACGUUCAAGGAAGGCUUCCCAUCGUUACCAUACCUCAUCGACCAUUCACGCAACUUUGCCAUGUUAGUGAACCUCUGGUUGGACAACACUCAAAAGAGUGCGCCUGACAUACAGGCCACUGAUGGUGACCUCCUUCGUUUCCACAACAUUUGCCUAUCUCUUAACGAGCGCACCAAGGACUGCCUGAAUCGUGCCGAACCCGCUGAACGACCGUCAUCGUCACUCAGUAUCAAGUGGGAAGAGCUAGUUGAGCAGCUACAAGGUGCGCAGAUUGACACAUCUCGAGGUGCAGCUACAAGGAAUCGUGGACCAAUACAGGAAGAAGAGAUAGAGGACACCCCGCUAUCUCCAAACAAUGGUGACGACUAUUUGUCCUCAUCUACCAGCACACCUAUUACAAUGCAGCAGCCGCCACCACGGACACGGCAUCAGCAAAACUCGAGUAUCUCAGCAUCUCAAAGUUCUUUGAAGAGCAACAGUUCGGCCACAAUAUCUUACACGAAUCCAUUUGCUAAGAAGCAAUGGUCAGGCCAAUAUACAACAUCAGGAAACGACUCGAUAAAUGUCUCACAGUCCGCAUCUGCUUCCGCCAGCGCGUCUGCGUCCGCAAACGAGGAUACGCCCCCAGGAUCCAGUGACGGCCUUCACAUGGCCCCUGCGCCUUCCUAUCCACAAGCCCUGACUACGACGACAACGACCACGAUUUCUACAUCUACAUCUACACAGUCUUUCAAUUACACCAAUCCCAAUUCUCACAUCAACCAACAGAGACCUGCCACCGUAUCCACAAACUCCCUCGUCGGAAGACCACCUCGUUCAGCGGGUGGUCAAAGCAUGGAGGGCAGCGAGAGUGGCAGUAUUGCAGAAGAGGAAUACACAACCGCGCUCCCAGCCUUCUCCGAAAAGGCAACCAAGGAGAAGAAGGAACGCGGCUUCCGAGGCGUCCUCCCCUUCCAACGAAAAGGCAAGCGCAGAGACAAGGAGAAAGACAAGGAGAAAGACAAGGAUAAGGAUAAGGAAAAGGACAAGGAGAACCGCAAAGACAAGGGCAAAGACAAGGACCGCGACCGGGACCGCAGCAAUGAACGUGGGACUAGCGCUCUUGGCCGAGAGGGAUAUGUUGACUUUGGCAGCGUACGAGGAAAAGGCCGUGAUGCUCAUGGAAGAGGAGAGGAACGUGAGCAUCGCGACGAGGAAUUCUGA